CUACCUGAGAUGGCAUAAUGUCCUCACAGAAGCGGUCAGAGAAGAGAAUUGUACUCUUACAUCUACUGUUGAUGAUUUCUGUGUCUCAGUUUGAGGAGUCAUGCAGACGGAGAGGAGAUCCUGAGAUCCCUCAGCUGUCUAAGGGUGGAGACAUCGUGUUGGGGGGGAUUUUCUAUUUUCACAGCCGCUGGAAUAUCAAACAGAAUUCCUACAAACAAAAACCCCAGCUACUGGAAUGUAUUAGUGUGAAUUUCAGAGAGUUCCAGUUUGCUCAAGCUAUGCUUUUUGCUAUUGAGGAAAUCAAUAACAGUACCGAGCUACUUCCUGGGGUUUCUCUGGGAUAUCGUAUUUAUGAUUCUUGUGGCUCUGUUGUCAGAAGCAUAGCCGUUACACUUGCUUUGACCAAUGAUGACAACGUUGUUUCAGCCUCUGAAAAACCAUGUAACCAGGCUGUGCACGCUAUAGUGGGACAAAGCUCUUCCUCUCAUAGCACAGCAGUAACUACUAUUAUUGGACCGUUGAAUAUCCCACUGAUCAGCCACUUUGCUACAUGUGCUUGUCUCAGUGAUAAAUCCAAGUACCCAUCGUUUUUCAGAACAGCACCCAGUGACUACUAUCAGAGCAGAGCUCUGGCCCAUUUGGUCAAACACUUUGGUUGGACUUGGGUUGGAGCUGUUAGAUCAAAUGAUGAUUAUGGCAACAACGGCAUGGCAACAUUCACAGAAACUGCCCAGCAGCUCGGCAUCUGUCUGGAAUAUUCAGUUUCUUUCUUUAGAACGGACCCAACAGCAAAAAUCCAGAAUAUAAUUAACAUUAUCAAGACUUCAACUUCAAAGGUGAUUGUUGCUUUUCUCUCUCCCGGGGACUUAGAAGUAUUUAUACAGGAGUUGUCUUUACACAAACUGUCAUGGUACCAGUGGGUCGGCAGUGAGUCCUGGAUCUUCGAUUCUCACAUCGCCACACUGGAUAAACGUCACAUUCUUGAUGGAGCCAUAGGCCUUUCCAUCCCCAAAUCACAAGUCAGUGGCCUUAGAGAAUUCAUGCUGGAUGUAAAACCACUGAAUUCAUCAAAUAAUAAAUUGUUCGUAGAGUUCUGGGAGACAUUGUUCAGCUGCAAAUUCAAACAGUCGCAAUCAGAAAAGAUACAGAAAGAAUGUACCGGACAUGAGGAUCUGACUGGAGUGGAAAACGGCUUCACUGACAUGUCACUGAUGCCCAUAUUUAAUAACGUCUAUAAAGGAGUGUACGCAGUGGCCCACGCUCUGCAUGAUAUCCUCAGAUGUAAUAGAACAUGCAACACCAGCGUGACGCUGGAUCCGUUAACGAUUUUGCAGCACAUUCAAAAGAUUCACUUUAAGACAAAAGAAGGUGAUGAAGUUUACUUCAAUAAAAACGGAGAUCCACCCGCAAAGUAUGAGAUUAUAAACUGGCAGCCAAAACAAAAUGGCUCAGUGGAUUUUAUAACAGUUGGUCUUUAUGAUGCAUCGUUACCUGCAGAAAAACAGAUGACUUUUCUAAAUAAAUCUUUAAAUAUGGCACAAAAUGUACAGCAGGUUCCUGUAUCGGUUUGCAGCGAGAAGUGUCCACCUGGAACACAUAAGUUUCUGCAGAAAGGAAGACCGGUUUGCUGCUAUGAAUGUAUAAGGUGUGCAGAGGGAGAAAUUAGCAACAUUACAGAUUCAACCACCUGUCUGAGAUGUCCCCUUGAAUCCUGGUCAAAUGAGAAAAGAGACACCUGCAUAAUAAAGGAGGCUGAGUUUCUGACAUACGAAGAAAUGAUGGGAUCACUUCUUACUGGUGUCUCCUUACUUGGAACAUGUCUGACUACUGUUGUAGCUUUCAUUUUCUUCAGAUACAGAAACACUCCUCUAGUCAGAGCAAACAACUCCGAACUGAGCUUCCUGCUGCUCUUCUCCUUGACUCUGUGUUUCCUCUGCUCUCUGACCUUCAUCGGACGUCCAUCAGCAUGGUCCUGCAUGCUUCGUUACACAGCUUUUGGCAUCACCUUUGUCCUCUCCAUCUCUUGUGUUCUGGGGAAAACCAUUGUAGUUUUAAUGGCCUUUAAAGCUACAUUUCCAGGGAAAAGCAUCAUGAAACUGUUCGGGCCUACGCAGCAGAGACUCAGUGUUCUGGGCUUCACUCUGAUACAAGUGAUCAUAUGUGUCCUCUGGUUGGCCAUUUCUCCUCCGUUCCCAUCUCAGAACUUCAAGGAGUUUAAGAAUAAAAUCAUCUUGGAGUGUUCUCUGGGCUCAGCAGUGGCCUUCUCAGCUGUACUCGGGUACAUUGGACUUCUGGCCGUUUUCUGUUUCAUUUUUGCUUUUUUGGCUCGAAAACUACCCGAUAACUUCAACGAAGCUAAAUUCAUCACCUUCAGCAUGUUGAUAUUCUGUGCCGUGUGGAUCACUUUUAUCCCAGCCUAUGUUAGCUCUCCGGGAAAGUUUACUGUUGCUGUAGAAAUCUUUGCUAUUCUAGCUUCCAAUUUUGGAUUACUAAUUUGUAUCUUCAUCCCAAAAUGUUACAUCAUAUUAGUGAGACCAGAAAAAAACACAAAGAAGAAUAUGAUGGGGAAAGGAGCACAGACAUCCUUUUGAGAAGAUAAACCAUCUGAUAUUUUACAAUAACAGUAAUUGAAAACCAAAAUACACCAUUAUUUUCUAAAUAAUUGAACAACUAAUGACAGAACAACAUCAUGCUAAGCCAAAGGU